AUUUGAAAGCAGCCAUUGAUAUAGAGCCCGGUGAUGUGUUGAUUGAGGAAUCACCACUCUUGGUGACAACACACUGGGAGUGUGAACAAAUGAAAUGUGCCAAAUGUUGUGAGGAUUCGUUUGUAAUUUGCAAAAAAUGUAAUUUCUUUCCCUUGUGCAUGGACUGUACCGAACACGAUCCCUUCGAAUGUGAAUUUUUCAGCAAUGCGACAAAGGCAAUUUCCAAAAAUCUCCUCGUAAAUAAUUAUGCCCUGAAUUCGAUUAUAAAACUUUUGAUGGUUAUUGAAAAUCCCAAAACCAUGGAUUCCUGUACAAAUUUAACUCCGCAUAAUUUCAAGCUGAAUGAAUAUCGUGAUACGGACAUGUGGAUGGAUCAUUUGACAAAUAUUGUUCAGCCAAUUUUACAUAGUGGUCUAAUGGAUUGUAUGAGGAAUCUGCAAAAAGCCAAAGUCGAUAUGAAAGAUGCAGAUUUUUUACAUAAGCUGUGUAUACUGAUCGAUGCGAAUGCCUUUGAGGUGUCGAGUAAGGUGACAGGAGAUUCGUUGAAGGGGUUGUAUAUACAUGCUUCGAAAAUGCCACAUCAUUGUGUACCGAAUACCGCGACCGCUAUUGAUGAUGAUUAUAAUAUGAAAAUAUAUGCAGCGGUGCCGAUUAAGAUGGGAGAUGUUAUUUAUAAUUCCUAUACGAAUCCAUUGAUGGGUACUGUACAAAGACAACAUCACCUGCGCCUAACCCGUCACAUUGAAUGCCAAUGUUUCCGUUGCAUGGAUCCCACCGAACUGAAUACCCACAUGAGCUCGAUUAAGUGUAAACAAUGCCCGGAGGGUUAUGCCAUUUGUGCCCACGGCAAAUGGCUGUGUUUGGACUGCAAUGCCAUCACAGAUGCUGUGAUGGCUCAAAAACUGCUCAUACAAGCCUCUGAGGAAAUUGGUAAUGCCAAUGGCGAUGUCAUGACCUAUGAAGAACUGUUGCGUAAAUAUGCCUCCGAUUUCCAUCCAAAUCAUUUUCUGAUGAUUGACAUCAAGCAGAAUAUUGCAACGGUACUGAGGGCAGUUCUGAUAAAUUCUAUGCGGGAACCAAAUAAAGAUAUUCUGCGUCGACGUUUGGAAUUGUGUGAAGAAAUAUUGCCCGUGGUGAAGGCAGUUAUACCCGGCUAUUCAAAGCUAUAUGCCAUUGCUUUGUAUGAAUAUUUAUUGUCAUUCCUGGAAUUGGCGGAAUUGGAUUUUCGCAGCAAGGAAAUACCUAAGGAUUUGUAUAUUGAAAAAUUACAUGUUGCCCUUGAAAUUGCCAUGGAAUCCAAAGAGCUGUUAUCCUUUGAACCGCCAAACUCACCGGAAGGCCAUUUGGUAAGGCGCAUUGCCAUACAGCAGGAACACAUUGAGGAGAGUUUAAGUAAAUUUGAACAUAAAUAG